AUGUUACAUUCGUCUCUGCGGAAGAAUGCGCCCUCGAACCUCCACCCACCGCGUUUAACGCGACAGUCAGACCGGAACUCCUUAGAACGAUCACCCACGUUACGAGAAAACAUCUACACUAUCCCUAACUUGCUGACCGUCUCUCGCAUGAUCGCGUGCCCCGUCCUCGGGCUGGCCAUCGUAAAUGACAACUUCUAUCUCGCGACUGGGUUACUUGUAUAUGCUGGCUUGACGGACUUGGUCGAUGGAUACUUGGCGCGAAGGUGGAACAUGCAGUCCGUGGUUGGGACCAUCCUCGACCCUGCCGCGGACAAGCUACUUAUGACAACCUUGACGGUCACCUUGGCUAUGAAAGACUUAAUUCCAGUCCCACUGGCUGCAAUCAUCCUUGGACGCGAUGUCUUGCUGAGCCUGUCUGCUUUUUACAUCCGUUACACGACCCUCCCUGCACCAAAAACCUUCAAGCGAUAUUGGGACUUCUCCAUCCCCUCAGCCGAAGUGCGACCAACACAAAUCAGCAAGGUCAACACUGCACUUCAGUUGCUCCUCAUGGGAACCGCGACUGUCAGUCCGAUAUUGCCGGUUGACAUCAGCGUGCCGCUCGGAGCGUUGCAGUGUAUUGUCGCAGGCACUACCAUCUGGAGUGGCGCAUCCUAUCUCUUUGCGAAGGACGGCUUCCGCAUCAUCUCCGCAACAAAGACGCGUGGCCCUUCCCCACCGCCCUCAUCGUCGUCAUGA